CUGUCGUCAUCUACAAUCCUCACCUCUGCAUUCCUCAUCUUUUCUUUUAAAUCAUUGCCUCCCUCCCUUCCUCCCUCUCCCUCAUUAACGUGUGCGCACCUUUCCUCUCUGCUGCGGCCAAAGGGAUCGUCAUUACCAUCACUAUUGUUGUCGCCAGAGAAGGCAUUGCCGGUUCUAUACCCACUGUCAACAACGAAGAAUCUUUAGCAGGACGCUCAUUGCGAAAUAUACUCUCGGUGCACGGACUGCGAUAUAUCCGGCGCAGGGAUAUUGGUACACUUGCUCACUUGUGAUUGGUCGUCAUCAUCUAAAGCCCCGAAUUGAGACGCCACGUCGUGUCCACAUCCUUUCGUAUUGACACGUCAUCAUCGCUGUGCGCUGUGCGCUGUGCGCUGUGGGGUCCCACCGGGGAGACCUUUCGGUGAGGUGGUUGCCCCCGACACGGUGACGUGGCAACCAGAGCCGCAGAGACUGGUGGGGCCCGCGGAGACGUGGACGCGAAGGAAAAGGAGAGCGUGGGAGAGCUUCGUCGUCCGUAGCCGGAUCCAGCUUCUCCGGAUUUGUUAUUUCGCGGGGCCCAGAUACGAAAAAGAACCAACGGCUAGAAUAAAAUCUCUCGUCGUAUCGUGGGGUCAGAGAAAAAGCCUAUUGGGUCGGGUUUCCUCUCCCGCAAAAUAAAAUCUCUUUGGAUUUUAUUUAUUUUUUUCCCCCAAUUUUUACGGGACGUAUCCUAUAAAUGGAUUGUUACAUGCUUUGGGCCAGUUUGGAUCUCGGGCUUGGGCUUGACCCAUGUUGAGUUAACAACUUAACAUGGGCCAUGCUUAGCCCAAUUUGUGGUACGGCCCGGUACGGCACCGGUACGGCCCAUUACGGGAGAACAAGCCGAAGCGCGCAACAUCGGAGCUCCUACACCUCGCGAACCCCGAAGCGCUCACCGUCCCCGCGUACGAUUACUGCCCACGAGGAACUCGAUUUCCCCGCAUUCCUCCCCUCGCAUCUCCUAAACCCUCUCUCUCUCUCUCUCUUUUUACUCCAAUGGCUUCUACUUCGCCUUGUUUCCUUUCUCAAUCUCUUCUUCUUCUCUUCUCCUCCUCGGCCGCUUCGCUGCGGCCGAGCAAAUUCGUAGACUAUAUACGCCGAGUUUGUCUACGAUCACACUCUAUCUUCGUCUACCACUCUAUUCGCCAUCAAUUUCCUAAACUCCGAGAGUGGAGACAUUGUGUGAAUCACCAUGGACUUUGAUGCGUAUUGAUCUGAAUCAGAUAGCGUAUGAAAGAAAGACAAGGAAGAGAGUAGAAGCACUGUACCCUCGAAAUUUUGAUCCCACAUGCUAUGGAUGCGUUUACACGUGCUCCAAUGGCUUUCUGUGGAGGAUCUAUAUGUUCUUAUUAUGGUGGAGGUACUUGUGAUCUUGGUGGCGCUCUCUAUUCUAAUACAUGCAUGAACCACUUCUUAAUCAUCUCCAUUUCAGUGCUUCUCUUUGUUGCCCUCUUCCUGAAUUUUGUUCGCAAAGUGUCGUCCAGAAUGCUCGUGAUGCAAACGCUCUUUCGUCUCUCUUCGCCAAUGCAAAUUGCUUCUUUCGCUUAUAAUGGCUCUUUGGGUUUGGCUUAUCUCAGCCUUGGGUUAUGGAUGUUAGAGGAGAAGUUAAGAAGCGGAGAACAGUUUUUCCCUAUGCACUGGUGGCUAGUGGUGUUGUUUCAGGGUUUCACUUGGGUUCUUAUGGGUCUGGUGUUGAGCAUGAGGGCCAAAUAUAUUGGAGAGGUCUUCGUUAGGGUUUGGUCGGGGAUUACAGCUGUUUUUGCCGGAUUCAUAUGCAUUUCCUCUAUCUUGGGUGUACUUAUAGAGAAGAAACUAUCCAUUAGAAUAGCCCUCGAUGCGUUAUCACUACCUGGCGCUAUUCUUUUUCUUCUUUGUGCCUUCAAGGGAUCCAAAACUAUAGAUAAUUAUGAAAUUAUUGAGGAAUCUCUUUACGCACCUUUGAAUGGCAAACUUGAUCUCGACUCAAAUGAUUUAGAUGGUUCGAUCUCCCCAUUUGCAAAUGCUGGUUUCCUCAGUAGAAUGUCAUUCUGGUGGUUGAACUCUUUGAUGAAGAAAGGCUAUGAAAAACCCUUGGAAGAGAAAGACAUACCUCAGUUGGGUGAGGCAAAUAGAGCAGGGAGCCGAUACUCUCUGUUUAUCAAAGAGCUUAAUAAGAGAAAACAGGCUAGUCAAACCACUUCUCCAUCAUUCCUCUGGACUAUAGUUUCUUGCCAUAAAAAGGAAAUCGUAGUUUCUGGGCUCUUUGCAUUGCUUAAGGUUCUAACUCUUUCUGCUGGCCCAAUGCUUCUCAAUGCAUUCAUCAAAGUAUCGGUAGGGAUGGGAACUUUUAAAUAUGAAGGCUAUGUUUUGGCCGUGGGAAUGUUCUUGGUAAAAUUCUUUGAAUCUUUAUCACAAAGGCAGUGGUACUUUCGAACCAGGUUAUUGGGUCUACAAGUGAGGUCUUUGCUAUCUGCCGCCAUUUACCAGAAGCAAUUGAGGCUGUCCAGCUCAGCUAAACUAGUUCAUUCUUCCGGGGAAAUAAUGAACUACGUUACUGUUGAUGCUUAUAGAAUAGGAGAGUUCCCUGUUUGGUUUCAUCAAACUUGGACUACAAUCCUUCAACUUGGCAUUGCUUUGGUAAUUCUCUACCAUGCUGUGGGUCUCGCAACUAUUUCCUCUAUGGUUGUCAUAAUACUCACUGUUCUCUGUAAUGCUCCUGUGGCAAAGCUACAGCAUAAGUUUCAGACGCAUCUAAUGGAAGCUCAGGAUGGGAGAUUGAAGGCUAUGUCAGAGGCUCUGGUGAAUAUGAAAGUGCUUAAGCUCUAUGCAUGGGAAACACAUUUCAGAAAGGUAAUUGAAGGGUUGAGGGAAGAGGAAUGUAAAUGGUUGUCAGCGUUUCAGCUGCUGAAAGCGUAUAACAGCUUCCUCUUUUGGUCAUCUCCUGUAGCAGUCUCAGCUGCUACUUUCUUAACAUGCUAUCUUCUUGAGAUUCCUCUCUAUCCUAGCAAUGUCUUCACCUUUGUAGCGACUUUACGUUUAGUUCAAGAUCCAGUAAGAUCGAUUCCUGAUGUUAUUGGAGCUUUCAUUCAAGCAAAGGUGGCUUUUGGGCGCAUAGUUGAGUUUCUCGGUGCAGCUGAGUUGCAGAACGGGCAUGUUAGACAAAAGGGCACUAAUGACGUUAAGCAUCCAGUCAUAAUCAAGUCAUCGAGCUUUUCUUGGGAUGGGAAUCCAUUAUGCCCCACACUAAAAAACAUCAAUUUAGAGCUCAAACCCGGUGAAAAGGUGGCAAUUUGCGGUGAGGUUGGCUCUGGAAAAUCAACUUUAUUGGCAGCAAUUCUUGGAGAAAUACCAAUAACAAAGGGGGCUAUUGAAGUUUCCGGAAAAAUUGCAUAUGUUUCUCAGAAUGCAUGGAUCCAGACAGGAACAGUACAAGAUAACAUUCUCUUUGGGUCAAUAAUGGAUAAGCAAAGAUACCACGAAACCCUAGAGAAGUGUUCCUUGGUCAAGGACCUUGAGAUGUUACCGUUUGGAGAUCUAACUGAAAUAGGAGAAAGAGGGGUAAAUCUUAGCGGUGGCCAGAAGCAACGCAUUCAACUCGCCCGUGCACUAUACAAAAAUGCAGAUAUAUAUCUCCUGGAUGAUCCUUUCAGUGCUGUUGAUGCUCAUACUGCUACUAGCUUAUUUAAUCAAUAUGUUAUGGGAGCUUUAUCGGAAAAGACGGUCUUAUUAGUGACCCACCAAGUAGACUUCCUUCCGGCAUUCGAUUCCAUACUGUUGAUGUCAGAUGGGGGAAUUUUGCGUGUUGCUCCCUACCAUGAACUGUUGAGUUCCAGCAGAGAAUUCCAGGACCUCGUUAAUGCGCACAAGGAUACCGUGGGUCCCGGAAGGCUCGAUAAGUCUGUUACUCGAAGAGAAAAUGAGACUGUUAAGACAGAAAUUAAUAAUACUUGCAGAAGUGAAGACCAAAAGAUGGGAAAGUUGUCAGGAGAUGAUCAGCUGAUUAAGAAGGAGGAGAGAGGGACAGGUGACACCAGCUUAAAACCAUACCUACAGUACUUGAAUCAGAACAAAGGGUUCUUGUAUUCCUCGUUAGCUGCUCUUUCUCAUGUGAUAUUUAUAGCUGGCCAGAUAUCACAGAACUCAUGGAUGGCCGCAAACGUACAAAACCCUAAUGUAAGCACUAUGCGACUGAUCACAGUGUACUUGGCCAUUGGAUGCAGCACAGCUAUAUUCUUGUUAAGCCGGUCCUUUUUUAUAGUCGUUCUGGGUCUCGAGGCAUCAAAGUCUAUCUUUCUUCAGUUGCUUAACUCGCUCUUUCGUGCACCCAUGUCGUUCUUUGACUCCACUCCUUUGGGAAGGAUUUUGAGUAGGGUCUCCUCUGACUCGAGCAUUGUCGAUCUUGACGUGCCAUUCAGUUUAAUCUUCAGUAUCAGCGCCACUAUGAAUGCAUACAGCAACCUUGGGGUAUUGGCUGUUAUUACCUGGCAAACCUUGUUUGUCUCGAUACCAAUGAUUUACUUGACCAUAAGAUUGCAGGGGUAUUACUUGGCUUCUGCGAAGGAGUUGAUGCGUAUAAAUGGGACCACAAAAUCUCUUGUAGCAAAUCACCUAGCUGAAUCUGUGUCAGGGGCAAUAACUAUCAGAGCUUUUGAGGAGGAAAACCGCUUCUUUGCAAAGAAUUUGGACCUUAUUGACAGGAACGCCAGCCCAUUUUUUCAUAAUUUUGCAGCAAGUGACUGGUUGAUCCAGCGGCUAGAGACUAUGGGCGCUGCCGUUCUUUCUACAUCAGCCCUUGUAAUGGCUUUGCUUCCACCAGGGACAUUUAGCUCUGGAUUUGUCGGCAUGGCACUAUCUUAUGGUUUUUCCUUAAAUAUGUCCCUUGUCUUCUCAAUUCAAAAUCAGUGCACGCUUGCAAAUUAUAUCAUAUCUGUGGAAAGAUUAAAUCAAUACAUGCACAUUUCUAGUGAGGCUCCGGAAGUUGUUGAGAGCAACCGGCCUCCACCCAAUUGGCCUGCUUUUGGCAGGGUGGAAAUUCAGGAUUUAAAGAUCAGAUACAGGCCAGACACUCCUCUCAUACUACACGGCAUAAGCUGCACAUUUGAAGGAGGGCACAAGAUCGGGGUAGUUGGCCGGACUGGAAGUGGGAAAACAACUCUAAUAAGUGCAUUAUUUCGUCUUGUUGAACCAGCUGGAGGAAAAAUUACUAUAGAUGGCAUUGACAUAGCCACACUCGGGCUCCACGAGCUGAGGUCUCGGUUUGGGAUCAUACCUCAAGAUCCAACACUUUUCCAUGGGUCUGUAAGAUACAAUUUGGAUCCUCUUGGGCAAUACACAGAUGAUCAAAUAUGGGAGGUCCUUGGCAAAUGCCAGCUUAGAGAACCAGUUCGAGAGAAAGAACAAGGCCUCGAUUCACUAGUUGUGGAAGAUGGAUCAAAUUGGAGCAUGGGGCAGAGACAGUUGUUUUGUUUGGGACGUGCCCUGUUACGGAGAAGCCGCAUUUUAGUGCUAGAUGAAGCCACAGCAUCGAUCGAUAAUGCCACUGAUGCGGUUCUUCAAAGGAUAAUAAGAACUGAAUUCAAAGACUCUACUGUCAUUACCGUCGCCCAUAGAAUUCCUACCGUGAUGGAUUGCACGAAGGUUCUUGCUGUUAAUGAUGGGAACCUGGUGGAGUAUGAUUCUCCUGCAAAACUGAUGAAAACGGAGGGAUCCCUCUUCCGAGAGCUCGUCAAAGAGUAUUGGUCCCAUACUUCGGAUGCAUCAACAAACUCUUGAGUGAAGCUAUUAGUAUUGCCUACCAGUUUGAUUACGAUACCAGACUCAAACGAGUUAAGUGAGCUUACCCUUGUUCUGAAUUACCUCAUCUAUCGCUCACUAUGAAUGUGGAUUGGAAACGAAAGGCGGAGGUCAUGCUUUUUACUUCCUAAAUGUCAAUACAGGGUUGAUGCAGGAUAUUUAGUAGUAAAAUUAUGUGUGUAAUAUCUCCUAAUUAAUGAGUUUUGCUCUACAUGUACAUUAACGAAGGUUAGAUAAGACUUCUUUGGUUUUAUCCUA